AUGGCUGUGAUGCAGCAUCACCGCUCACAGAGGCUCGCUUUUGCCACCCCACCGCUGCUGCUACUUGUUCUAUGCGUUGUGCAGCCUAUCCACACUCGGAUGUCGGCCAUAUCAGACUUAAAAUCCAAAAUAUCAGGAGUGGAGGAGCUACUGGAGGAGUUCCGCAAGCAGCUUCAACAGGACCAGACGUACCGGCCGAGCGAGGUGGCAGACUCCUGCGUGAGCGAUUUCAGUUCGGCUCGGGAGAGCAUCAUCCGGGCCAAGGCCUCCAUCGAACAGGGGGCCACCUUCCUAAUGGCUCCGGAUCGAGUGUACACCUGGAGGGACUGCGUGCACGCCUGCUGCGCUCAGCCUCACUGCACCGUGGCGGUUGUCCAGGAGGAGCCGAGGCAGGCCGGGGACAGCCUCAACUGCUACCUGUUCAACUGCACCUACCGGAAGCAAAAUGUCUGCUCCUUCGCACUGCAGAAGGGCUUCGCCUCGCACAGCCGACAAGUGAACGCCACGCUGGGACGCGUUCUGUCGGACUCCGCCGGAGGCACAACAGAGAACGAACGUAGGCCGGGGGAAGCGGAUGAGACACAAGAGGUUGACGAGCCUCCUCGCUGCGACGCAGGACAGGAUGUGAUGAUCCAGCUGCCCACCGACUGGGCAGUUUUAGAUGGCCGCGACAGUGUGGACGACCAUGGGAUUAGUCACUAUGACUGGACUCUCGUCAAGGGAGACACAGCCAUCACUAUGAAGGCAACUCAUCCAGGGCUACUGAAGAUCAGUGGUCUGCAGGAAGGUGUCUACACUUUCCAGAUGACUGUUACCGACACAUCAGGCCAGAAGACAUCCGACAAUGUGUCUGUUACAGUGUUGGCACCAAAACACCAAGCAGAAGUGUGUACUGGACACUGCUCAAACUACCAGUUCAAAUGUGAUGAUGGCUGCUGUAUUGACAUCACGUUUGCCUGUGAUGGGAAGCAGCAUUGUCCUGAUCGAUCGGAUGAAGAUUUCUGUCCAAACUUCGACACAAGAAGGAAGUCAGUGACCCAUGCUGAGGGUCUGCCCAUUCCUCAGCUUCCAGUGACACACACUGCAGAGUCUGUAGACAGUUCUGUACUACGGGCUGAAGCCAGAAAGACAGAUGAGAGCAGCAGACUUUCUCAGCAGGGGAGCAAAGUCACACCUCCACCGAAUAGACAGCAAGAUUCAAACAAUCAAGACCCAUGUAUCACUGCUCCAGUUGUUGGACCUUGUAAGGGCACUUUUCCACGCUGGUACUAUGACCAUGAAGCGGGAGAAUGCAAAAGCUUCCUAUACGGUGGUUGCCAGGGCAACCAUAACAAUUUCCUCCAAGAAUUGGAUUGCGUCAGUGAAUGUAUACAGAAAAGUCCGGGUUUUAAGCCAGCUACUGUGUCUCCUCCUGUCACCAAGCAGAACGAAAAAGCUGCUUCCAGAGUCUCUGAGACCCAAGAGAGUGACAUUGCAGUCUCUAAACAAUUUAUAGUGAAAGGAGGACAUCCAAUUCCUGAGUCAGGUGCGAUUCUUCCGCUUGCACUGGGCCUGAUCAUAACCGCCCUGCUGCUGCUCAUGAUUGCCUGUCGCCUAAGGCUCGUUCGCCACAAGCUGAAGAAAGCGCGGCCCCUUACCACAGAGGAGUCAGACUACCUCAUCAAUGGCAUGUACCUGUAG